CCGCUUUUCAAAGCUGUUUCUUUUUUUUUUAUUACAGAACAGAAAACCCACUUGAUGAUCCCCUUUCCUAUAAAAAGCAAACCCCUUUUCUCCUUCUUCCCUCAAAUCAAUUCCUUCUCUAGCUUUCUGGGUUUUGUCGCUCUGUUUCUGAGGCAGGAAGGAGUUUGAAUUUCUCCAUGUGUUUGAUAAUGGAAGCGGCGGCGGAUGAUAACGUCGUCGACGGUGGUGGUGUUUUAGCUGCGCCGUCUAAUUUCUCGAUGGUCGAAGACGGGAUUUACCGGUCCGGGUUUCCUAAACCGGAGAAUUUCGGUUUCCUCUCAACCCUCAAUCUUCGUUCCAUCAUCUAUCUUUGUCCUGAACCAUACCCGGAGGAGAAUCUCAUGUUCCUCGACGCUAACAACAUUAAGCUUUUCCAGUUCGGAAUCGAAGGCAAAACGGAUCCUCCAACUCCUAUGCCAAAAGAUACAGUUUUGGAUGCUCUCAGAGUCUUAGUUGAUGUAAGAAACCAUCCCAUUCUCAUUCAUUGCAAAGCUGGAAAGCAUAGGACAGGCUGUUUGGUGGGAUGCUUAAGAAAAGUCCAGAGCUGGUGUUUAUCAUCGGUUCUCGAGGAAUACCAGAAGAACGCUGGCGUGAAGUGGAGGCAAAGGGAUUUGAAUUUCAUCGAGGCGUUUGAUACCGCGAGCUUGAGGCAGUGUCUCUUGAGCAUUAUGUAUCGUUACCACGGUUACGGCUUCAAGAGGAAAAGGCUGGUGCACGAAGAAGAAAACGUACAGACGCCGAAACCGCAGGCUACUAAAGUUUGAGAAAAAAACGAGAGCCAACCAGUGUGGGAUAUGGUUCAUGUUUUUUUUUUUAAUUUGACGUUCCAUUUAUCGGUCACUGGAUAUGAUUCUUUUAGAGGAAGAUAUGUUGAAGAUUCAUAAACAGAAGUUUCAUUUGGGUUGGUUUUAGCUAAUAGUAAAGUGUAUAGAAAGGCUACUCUACUCUUCAUUAGAGGUUAAUUAACUCAAUGACCACUAAUGCUUCUUAAGUUGCUUUGUCUUUUUUUUUUCUUGUUAACUGGUCAGCUCAGAAAGUGGCUUUUAGCUAAAUUGUAGUACAAUAUAAAUCAGGAAUAAUAGUUGCAUAAGUGUGUACUA